AUGAAAAAUCAAACAUCAGUGACAGAGUUCAUCCUUCUAGGACUAACAAAAGACCCAGAGUUCCAGGUUAUAAUUUUCCUUUUUCUGUUUCUUACCUACAUAUUAAGUGUGACUGGCAAUCUGACCAUCAUCACUCUCACCUUGCUGGACUCUCACCUAAAGACUCCCAUGUAUUUUUUUCUCAGAAAUUUCUCUUUCUUAGAAAUAUCAUUUACAUCUGUUUGCAUACCUAGAUUUCUGGUCAGUAUAGUAACCAAGGACAAUACAAUUUCCUACAAUUCUUGCAUAACCCAAGUGUUUUUUUUAAUCCUCCUUGGUGCAACAGAAUUUUUUCUUCUGGCUGCCAUGUCCUAUGAUCGCUAUGUGGCCAUCUGCAAACCCCUACACUACAUGACCAUAAUGAGACCCAAAGUAUGUAGCCAGCUUAUAAUCAGCUCUUGGCUGGCAGGUUUUCUCAUUAUCUUUCCACCAGUCAUCAUGGGACUCCAACUAGAUUUCUGUGAUUCCAAUGUCAUUGAUCACUUCACCUGUGACUCUUCUCCCAUGCUGAUGAUUGCUUGCACAGACACCAAAGUCUUAGAAGUCAUGAGUUUUUGCUUAGCUUUAUUCACACUCAUAGUGACUUUGGCAUUAGUGAUACUCUCCUAUGCAUUCAUCCUCCAAACUAUUCUGAGAAUUCCCUCUGCCCAACAAAGGAAAAAGGCUUUUUCCACUUGUUCCUCCCACAUGAUUGUUGUCUCCAUUUCUUAUGGGAGUUGCAUCUUCAUGUAUGUCAAACCCUCAGCAAAGGAAGAAGUAGCUUUAAAUAAAGGGGUAGCAGUGUUGAAUACUUCUGUUGCCCCCAUGCUAAACCCAUUCAUUUACACUCUAAGGAACCAGCAAGUGAAGCAAGCCUUUAAGGAUGUGAUCAGAAAAUCUCUAGGGUUCUCUAAGUAUACCAUCAUAUCAUCUGCAAAGAGUGAUAGUUUGGUUUCGUCAUUGCCUACUCUAUUUCCUUUAAUUUCUUUCUCUCCUCUUAUUGCCCAGACUAGCGUUUCUAAUACAAUAUUGAAUAAUAAUGGUGAUAGUGGGCAACCUUGCUUCACUCCAGAUCUUACUGGGAAAGGUUCCAGUUUUUCCCCCUUGCAUAUGAUGCUUACUGACAGUUUUAAAGAUAUGUUCCUGACUAUUUUAAGGAAAAGUCCAUUUAUUCCUAUCCUCUCAAGUGUUUUUAUUAGGAAUGGAUGUUGGAUUUUAUCAAAUGCUUUUUCUGCAUCUAUUGAAAUGAUCUUAUGGUUUUUGUUAGUUUGGUUAUUGAGAUAGUCAAUUAUGCUAAUAGUUUUCCUAAUAUUGAACCAGCUCUGCAUUCCUGAUAUAAAUCCUACUUACUCAUAGUGUAUUAUCCUGGGCAUGAUUUUCUAUAAUCUUUUUGCUAAUAUUUUAUUUAAGAUUUUAGUGUCAAUAUUCAUUAGGAAUAUUGGUCUAUAAUUGUCUUUCUCUGUUUUCAGCCUACCUGAUUUAGGUAUCAGUACCAUGUCUGUUUCAUAAAAGGAAUUUGGUAGGACUCCUUCAAUCCUUAUUUUUUCAAAUAAUUUAUAUAACAUUGGAGUUAAUUGUUCUUUAAAUAUUUGGUAGCAUUCACAUGUAAAUCCAUCUGAUCAUGGAGAUUUUUUUCUUAGGGAGUUAGUUAAUAGCUUGUUCUAUUUCUUUUUCUAAAAUGGGACUAUUUAGUCUAUUUACUUCUUCCUCUGUUAAUCUGGGCAAGCUAUAUUUUUGAAGAUAUUCUUUCAUUUCAUUUAAGUCAUUGAAUUUAUUGGCAUAAAGUUGGGCAAAGUAACUCCUAAUUAUUGCUCCAAUUUCCUCAUCAUUAUGGCGAGUUCUCCCUUUUCAUUUUUAAGACUAACAAUUUGAUUUUCCUCUUUCCUUUUUUUUUUUAAAUCAGAUUUACUAAGGGUUUGUCUAUUUUGUUGCUUUUUCAUAGAGCCAAAUCUUAGUUCUAUUAAAUAAUUCAAUAGGUUUUUGUUUUUUUUUUACUUUCAAUUUUAUUGAUCUUUUAUUUUUAGAAUUUCAAGUUUAGUAUUUGAUUGGGGGGGGGGUGUUCAUUUGUUCCUUUUCUAGCAUUUUUGGUUGCAAGCCUAAUUCAUUGACAUUCUCUUUCUCUAUUUUAUGCAAGUAGGCCUCUAGAGAUAUGAAAUUUCCCCUUAUUACAACUUUGGCUGCAUCCUACACAUUUUGGUAUGAUGUCUCACUAUUGUCAUUUUCUUGGGUGAAAUUAUUAAUUAUGUCUAUGAUUUGCUGUUUCACCCAAUUAUUUUUUAGUAUGAGAUUAUUUAGUGUCCAGUUAUUUUUUGGUCUAUUUUCCCCUGGCUUUUUGUUGAAUGUAAUUUUCAUUGCAUUGUGAUCUGAAAAGGAUGCAUUUAAACUGCAUUUGAGUUUGAGGUUUUUAUGUCCUAAUAUAUGGUCAUUUUUUUGUAUAGGUUGCAUGAACUGCUGAGAAGAAAGUGUACUCCUUUCUGUCUCCGUUUACUUUUCUCCAGAGAUCUAUCAUAUUUAACUUUUCUAGUUUUCUAUUUACCUCUUUGACGUCUUUCUUAUUUAUUUUGUGGUUUGAUUUAUCUAAUUCUGAGAGUGCAAGGUUGAGAUCUCCCACUAUUAUAGUUUUGCUGUCUAUUUCUUAUUGCAGCUCUCUUAAUUUCUCUUUUAAGAAUUUAGAUGCUACACCACUUGGUGCAUAUAUGUUUAAUAUUGAUAUUGCUUAUUUAUCUAUGCUAGCCUUUAGCAAGAUAUAGUGCCCUUCCUUAUCUCUUUUAAUUAGAUCAUUUUUUUGCUUUUGCUUGAUCUGAGAUCAGGAUGGCUACCCCUGCUUUUUUUACUUCACCUAAAGUAUAGUAGAUUCUGCUCCAACCUUUUAUCUUUACUCUGUAUGUAUUUCCCUGCUUCAGGUGUGUUUCCUGUAAACAACAUAUUGUAGGAUUCUGGCUUUUAAUCCAUUCUCUAACCACUUCCUCUUUAUGGGGGAGUUUACCCCAUUCACAUUUAUGUUUAA